UUCUCUCUCCUCCCGCCGCCCAAGAUGCCGAAAGGAAAGAAGGCCAAGGGAAAGAAGGUGGCUCCGGCCCCUGCUGUCGUGAAGAAGCAGGAGGCUAAGAAAGUGGUGAAUCCCCUGUUUGAGAAAAGGCCUAAGAAUUCUGGCAUUGGACAGGACAUCCAGCCCAAAAGAGACCUCACCUGCUUUGUGAAAUGGCCCCGCUAUAUCAGGUUGCAGCGGCAGAGAGCCAUCCUCUAUAAGCGGCUGAAAGUGCCUCCUGCGAUUAACCAGUUCACCCAGGCCCUGGACCGCCAAACAGCUACUCAGCUGCUUAAGCUGGCCCACAAGUACAGACCAGAGACAAAGCAAGAGAAGAAGCAGAGACUGUUGGCCCGGGCCAAGAAGAAAGCUGCUGGCAAAGGGGACGCCCCCACAAAGAGACCACCUGUCCUUCGAGCAGGAGUUAACACCCUCACCACGUUGAUGGAGAACAAGAAAGCUCAGCUGGUGGUGAUUGCACACGACGUGGAUCCCAUUGAGCUGGUUGUCUUCUUGCCUGCCCUGUGUCGUAAAAUGGGGGCCCCUUACUGCAUUAUCAAGGGGAAGGCAAGACUGGGACGUCUAGUCCACAGGAAGACCUGCACCACUGUCGCCUUCACACAGGUGAACUCAGAAGACAAAGGCGCUUUGGCUAAGCUGGUGGAAGCUAUCAGGACCAAUUACAACGACAGAUACGAUGAGAUCCGCCGUCACUGGGGCGGCAACGUCCUGGGUCCUAAGUCUGUGGCUUGUAUCGCCAAGCUUGAAAAGGCAAAGGCUAAAGAACUUGCCACUAAACUGGGUUAAAUGUACGCUGUUGAGUUUUCUGUACGUAAAAAUAAUUAAAAUACAAAUUUUCCUUCAAAAAACAAAGAGAAUGUUAAAAUCACUUCUCAGGGAAAAGAAAUCAUCUAGGAUUAGUGCACAGAACUGACCAUUUUCCAAGACAAUGAUGGUAGAACUUCAGCUCUGCCUGGUAUUAUUGGUGUGUCUGGCUCAAGAAAAAAACUUAAGAAAAUAAUUUCUCCAUGGAAAACUCAGUUGACGUGCUGGGGUGUGUCUUUACUUCUAAUGUGCAUACAUGUGAGGAGGGACAUAGCUAUACAACUUAGACUUCAUAAAAGGAAGUGAGACUGUGCUUUCUCAUUAAUUUAUCAAGGGUUCUGUGCUUAAUGACAUGUAAGAGGUGAUCUUUGUGUCUCACCAUUCAGAAAUGAGAUGUCAUGAGUUAAGACUUCAAAUAGAGCUGAAGUUGUUGUCUCUAACCCUUUACCCUCUUCAUCAGGACUCACUUCUGAACUGACUUAGAAAUACAACAGGAGAGGCAGGCAUGGUGGCUCACACCUGUAAUCCCGACACUUUGGGAGGCCGAGGCAGGCAGAUCACUUGAGGUCAGGAGUUUGAAGCCAGCCUGGCCAACAUGGUAAAACCCCGUCUCUAUUAAAAAUACAAAAAUUAGCUGGGCAUGGUGGCGUGCGCCUGUAAUCCCAGCUACUCGGGAGGCUGAGGCAGGAGAAUUGCUUGAACUCGGGAGGUGGAGAUUGCAGGGAGCCCAGAUCGUCCCACUGCACUCCAGCCUAGACGUCACAGCGAGACUUCAUCUCAAAAAAAAAACAGAAA